UACGUUCUCGCUUUUUUCCUUGCGCAACAAAUCACCAUAACAUAACACAAGUCCUGAAGUCCACAACAGACGAACACAUCGCCAAAUCAAAUUUCACAAUCCCAAAAUCAAAAACCCUAGAAAACCCCUCUUUUCUACUCUCACACUUUCAACAAUGGCGUCUACCGGAAAAUUCCGUCAACUUCUGAAGAAAUAUGGCAAAGUGGGCUUAGGAGUCCACUUCUCAGUCUCAGCUGCUUCAAUCUCCGGCCUUUACGUCGCCAUUAAAAACAACGUCGACGUCGAAUCUCUCCUCCAUAAAGUCGGCAUGGGAAGCGUCGAUGUUACCACCAAUGAACAAUCAGAGCUUCCUCAAAACGACGCCGAAUUCAGCUCCGAUCUUCCGACGCUUUCUCCGCCGCCAGAAAAGAAGAGGAAUCGGACGGCUGAACUCGCCGCUUCAAGUGGCGGCGCUUUUGCGUUGGCGCUUCUCUGUAACAAAGCGUUGUUUCCAAUUAGGGUUCCGAUUACUAUUGCUCUUACUCCUCCUAUUGCUAGGUUUUUGGCUCGUCGAAAUCUCAUAAGAACCAAUGUAUGAUUACUUUAUUAUAUACUCGUUUUUGGAUAUUAUCUGAGUUUAGCUUUGAGAAGUUGGAUUUUUUUUUUUUUUUUUUGCAUUUUGGGAGGAAUCUGAUUAUGAUUAAUUGAUUGAUCAAUUUGAUUUUCUUCUUCUGGUAUUUGCAGUGAAUACUUUGAUUAAUAAAUAGAAUGAAUUUGUUGUCA